AUGUCAAAAAAAUGUGAAGCAGCAACACAGAAUCUUGCAGAAGCAUCAUUCACGAUGGAUGACGUUUUCCAGCAACUGGCGGAAAUGACGUCGAAUGGUGAUGGAUCACUGGGAAAUAGUGAACUUGAUGUAUUUUUAAUUAAUUCUAUAAUUAUGCUUCGUUUACACUUAUUAGAAUUAGAAAAAGUUGCUGAACUAUGCGAUGAUUUUAAAAUAAAAUAUUUACAAACGCUGAGGAAGAAAAUAACUCAGGAAUCCAUGAUUGGAUAUAAUGGUGAUAGCGAUGAUGACUUAUGCAAUUCAUCUCCAGAACUAUCAGAACAGUCGAAAAAUCGUACCGGACAACAAACGAUCGCAAUGAUGUCUACAUCAAAAGGAAUGAAGAAUGAUGCGCAAGAAUCAGUUGAAGACGAUAACUCAGAUCCAAAACGGAAAGCUCAAUUACCAACUAAAGCUGUUGAAUUGCUCAAAACUUGGCUCUUUUUGCAUUCGUCCCAUCCUUAUCCUAGUGAAAAAGAAAAAGCGAUGCUAUCACGAGAAACCGGCUUACAAAUGGUUCAAAUCAACAACUGGUUUAUCAAUGCUCGUCGCAGGAUAUUGGUACAAUCGAAAGAAAGCGCUGAUGUGGAUUUUAUUCAAGAACCAAGCUCGAAUGUUGAUUGCACAUUCACUCCAAAGAGGACACGUAGCUUAAUGAUUAUUUAA